AUGUCUUAUAUACCGAGUCUCACGCUUCCCGCGAGCAUCUUCAGCAAUGCGCCUGUCGCCAUCCUUCUACCACUAGGACUCGGUAUGGGCUCCGGCCUCGUGUCCCAGCCCGGUGCGAGCAAACCCAAGAGUGUUUCGGACAAGGCAUCCCAGGACCGCGGCACAUGGAAGCCCACCCAGGAAAGAUACAUGGCUCUGAAGCAGCCACCAUUCCGUCCGCCGCCAUGGCUGUUCGCCCCUGCCUGGUCGACCCUGUAUAUACUCAUGGGAUACGCCUCGCACCGUGCCUGGGUCAACGGUAUGGCGAGCAUGAACCCGCGAAUCGUUGAGGAUACGAGAAGGGCCGCUACACUGUACACCGUACAACUUGGCCUGAAUCUGCUGUUCAUGCCGCUGUUUUUCGGGAUGGGCAGACCGAUUGAGGCGCUACUAGAUAUCACUACGCUGACAGGUUGUGUGGGCUAUCUCGCAUACAUCUGGAACAAAGUUGAUCAGGUGUCGGCGUACUGCAUGGCACCUUAUGUGGCAUGGCUCGGUUUUGCCACGUACCUCACUGCCGGCACGGGCCACCUAAAUGGCUGGACGACCAAGCUGCAGCCAGAGACGAAGAAGUCGGACUGA